UUCCAAAGAUCAGGAUCAUUCUAUACGAUCCAAGAUCACAAGAUCACACACACACAUUCUUUCUGGUUUCGGCAGGUCCAAGACCUUUUUUUGGGGGGACUCAGUGACCGCGGUCACGACCGUCUUCGACUGUCGCCUGAAAACGUCACGAGAGCCAGGUCUAUUACGUCAACGUGAACCCAGAGGUGAAAGAUCCGCUCUAUGUGAGGUGGAUCGGCACUGCAUGGUCUGGACGUCGUUCGCAGGAGAAGCCGGUCUGGGAGGCAUGGCCCGAUCCCAUUUUGGCUCCUCCGCACCCGUAUGAUGUGGUGUCUGUGAGUCCUCUGGCUGGCAAUUGCCACAUCCUGUCCAAAGUAUUGGAGUCCGAGAAGAUCAGCUUGGCGAGCCUGGUGUAUGUACCGAUCAAUCCGGUGGUGCCACCUCCCAUCGAGGUCAAACCCAACUACACGCUGUCCUUCCUCUGGAUGCGUCGAAAGAUUAAAGCCGCUCAACGGGCUGGCUUCUCACCAGACGCCGCCAACUCUCAAUCUUUUCGGCGGCAUUUUGCAGCACAGUGUUCGCUUCAAACUGUUGUGAAUAUCCUUGAGCCUUUGGGCUACCAGCUAUUGCACCUGGAGCACCUGUAUGCUGUUUUUGCGCAUGAGAAUGUCGUGCCGCUUUUGCGGCAGCAGGAACUUGCUGGCCCAGCGAUAUCGACGUUUGACAUCUGGCGUCAAGGCUGGCACUGCUCACCCUUCUCUCGCUAUUUGCUUGGGCUGGAGGCUCUUCUAGGCUUUGACUUCACCUGGCUCAGCCCAGAUGGCAAAGGAAAAGAUGAGAAAGGACUUGGGUGCAUCAGGUCCUUCAGGGAGUUUCUCACUCGAGAGGGCCUUUUGAUAUCAGCAAACUACACUGGGAAAGACAGCUGCGAGGACUUCUCGGAGAGCUCGGCCAGCUCCGCAGCUUGGGCCUUGCAGCGCCGGCUCAAUGCCGUGCAGGCGAUCACCGGCACCAGCCGCGGCUUGGCAUCGGCUCAGGUGUUGGCCCAGAAGCAAACAAAUGGAUCCCCAAAUGCAAGCUCGAUGUGGUGCUGGUAUCAACUAUCGUCGCACUGCGCCUGCCUUCCACCCUUCCGUGGAAGUCGCUGUGACAUGAUUGACCGCAGCAAGGAUGACGAGGCACGGAAGUUCCAGGCAGGAUUGGUGAUGGUGAUGAAAGAGAAUGGACCUGACGCUAUUCAGGACAUGACUGCUCGCCUGAAGAACUUGUCGUACUUCAACUCGCAGCCUGGAAGAGGAUACCCAGUGAUCAUCUUCCAUUUGGCUAUGCCUGAAGAUGCGCUUGAGAAGCUGGCUAUAGCCAGUGACAACCGGAUAUGGUUUGUGGAACUGCAGGUUGCCAAAGGGAGGCCGCCCAGUUCUGCGAUGCAGUGGUUUCGAUUCAGUGAGAUGUUGAGCCAUCCAGCUUUGAAAGGUCUGGAGAUUCUUUGGGAUGUCUCGGAGUCCCUAAGGGAUGAGGAUCCUAUUCCAGCCUUGUACAAGGCUCGAUUGGCACCAGCUGCAUGCUGGAGGCAACCGAUGCAGGCCCCCUUGAGCUAUCGAAGGGGUCGUCUCGAAGAAAUCACGGAGCUCUUUCUUCUACACCACGGCAAGGAGUGGAGGGACUUCGAUGCAGCCGGUGGAGUCAACCUACUCACAGGCGUGACCAGUUCCAAAUGCCCGGUUUGGCGGAGGAGAUCUUUGGCAACAUCAGAAGUCUUCAAGCAGUUUGUGAGGUUCUUGGAAGAUCAUGCAGUUGGCAUCGACACACCAUAUGACGUUGAAGCAGUCCGCAUGGUGGGAGCUGCUGUGACCGCCUUCCUGACGCGAGGUGGUUCCACGCGUGCAUUGUUACUGACUUGAAGCACUUGAAAGGGAUGAACAACUCCAUUUUUCGCAGCCCAGAGAUCAGCAAGACCAACAUCUCGGACACAGCGCACAGCUCCACACUGGUGGACCAGUCCUCGACGCGUGACGCAGAGAUGCGCAGCGCAUGAGAUGCCCGUCAGAAGCCAAAGGCCUUUGCAGAGCAGUCUGAAGAGAAAUUGCAGGGCAGUUCGUGUCUUCGUGUUUCUCGGAGAUGCUUAUGAAGUUCACCUUUGGCGAAUGAUCAUUCUGAAUCAAGAUCCACAUCGAUAUGCAGCAUAGAUAUGCCUGCUGCUGUGCUCCUAAUCUGAUGCAUUGGCAUGCCUCGCACGUCUCAAAGGAGGCUGCACAGCCAAAGCAGCAUUGGCCUCUCACUAAUAAAGUGGUUUCAGUCUCACAGCGAAAUGGCCGUCCAUGUCACUGCCAACCUAUUGUAUUGGUUUCGAUCUUGAGACCUUCCUCCUCUCUUGUGAGGCUUCGAUGG